AUGGCAAUUGAUGCGGGUGCGGAUGCCCUCGGCUUCGCAUUUGUUCCUGAUACGCCACGCUACCUCAAAGAUACAAAAGCUGCUGCAAAGAUUAUCGAACAACUUCCCCCUUUCAUCACAACGGUUGGACUGUUUGUCAACGCAGCCCCAGAGGUGAUUCAGGCAAUCGCCGAUGAAUGCCAUCUGGACAUGCUACAGUUGCACGGUGAUGAAUCUCCUCAAUUCUGUCGAGGGCUCAAUCGCAGGGUCAUCAAAGCGGUGCGAGUCAAAGAUGAAUCGAGUUGUUCCCAUCUGUCCGAUUAUCGUGUCAGUGGAUAUCUGCUGGAUACUUAUGUCAAGGGAGCAAUGGGGGGAACAGGAGUAGCGUUUGAUUGGCGGCUUGCUGUAAAAGCGAAACAGUACGGUCAGGUUAUUCUCGCGGGUGGACUCAAUCCUGAUAACGUUGGGGCAGCUGUCCAACAAGUGCGUCCCUAUGGCGUUGAUGUCAGUAGUGGUGUCGAGCGAAUCCUUCACGCACUACGCUUUACGGAGACUUUAGCUAUGUCCACAAUAACUAACGGGAAAGUUCGAGACGAUUUCCGGCUUUUUGCUGGGCGCGCCAACCCGGCAUUAGCGAAGGAGAUUGCUGCGGUUUUAGGGAUUGAAUCGGGGAAAAUUUCAGUCAGCACGUUUCCCGGAGAUGAAACCCACGCCCAAAUUGAAGAGAGUAUCCGGGGGGCUGAUAUCUAUAUUGUGCAGCCAACAUGCCCACCAACCAACGAUAAUCUGAUGGAGUUGUUGGUCAUCAUUGACGCGUUGAAACGUGCUUCUGCCCAGCAAAUUACCGCUGUUAUCCCCUAUUUCGGCUAUGCACGACAAGACCAUAAAUCGACAGGGCGAGAGCCGAUUAGUGCGAAACUAGUAGCGAACCUGCUAACAACGGCGGGCGCGAAUCGAGUUGUCGCCGUGGAUCUGCACGCCGCACAGAUCCAAGGUUUCUUUGAUAUCCCCGCUGAUCAUCUGACAGCACUGCCGACACUAGCAGAUUAUUUUAGGGAGAAGCAGAUUGAAGAUGGCGUAAUCGUGUCUCCCGAUGUCGGUCGGGCGAAACUGGCGGAUAAGUAUGUCGAUAUGCUUGGCAUGCCGUUGGCAAUCAUGCACAAACGGCGAAGCGGGACUGGUGGGAGAGAGGUAAAGAUCGUGACUGAAAUCAUCGGUGACGUUGUGGACAAAACCCCAAUUAUCAUUGACGACCUCGUAACAAGUGGGAGCAUCUAUCAACAAGCGGAUGCUAUUGUCGAAGCGGGUGCCAAGCCAGCGUACCUUAGCAUUACGCAUCCGGUGCUUGUUGGUCCUGCUUUGCAACGUCUGAAUCGCCCUUCAAUUCAGGAGGUUGUUGUCACCAAUACAAUUCCCGUCCCCGCUGAGAAACGGAUCGGCAGUAAAAUCAAGGUGCUGUCCAUUGCCCCACUUCUCGCCGAGGCGAUUCUGAGGAUUCAUCAGCGACGUUCCGUGAGUCAGGUCUUCUUUGAUCAGAAACUGGUUUUUCCGGUGUAG